AUCAAAACACAAACAACUGGUCGGCGUGCGUUGUGGUUGGGUUUCAGUUCGCGGUUUCGUAAUUGUCAAAACUUUGCGCUUUAUACCGGGCAAAAAAGAUAAAUGUAAAUAACGCCAAUUAAAAUGUUGAUACCCAGAGUGCAAUCGGUGCGAAGGCUGUGUUCCAACGUCAGCUCAACUUUUUAUGUUACCACUCCAAUAUUCUAUGUCAAUGCUGCUCCACACAUUGGUCAUUUGUAUUCGGCCGUUAUAGCCGACACGAUUUGCCGCUAUCAAAAACUUCAGACGCAGCCAGGAUCUACAGUUCGGUUGUGCACUGGCACCGAUGAACAUGGAACGAAAGUACAACAGGCCGCUGCCAAACAUAAAAUUCCCGUUGCUGAUUAUUGCAAUGAUAUUUCAGCGCGUUAUCGUAAUGUAUUCCAACAAGCUGCCAUACUAAAUGAUGACUUUAUACGGACAACGGAAGAUCGUCAUAAAAAGGCCGUGACACAUUUUUGGAAUAGCUUAAGUUCUAAAGGUCACAUAUACUCGGCCAAUUAUCAAGGAUGGUAUUGUGUAUCGGAUGAAACAUUCCUUACAGACUCGCAGUUGCGUGUAGAUGAGACUACCGGAGAAAGAUUUUCUCUGGAAUCUGGCCAUCCAGCAGAGUGGACGGAAGAAAAAAACUACAUGUUCCGUUUGUCGAAUUUACAGUCUGAAGUUAUUUAUUGGUUAAAGCAAGGAGGCCGGGUAAAACCCUUAAAAUUUGAGAAAAUUUUAUUUGACCUGUUGUCAGAGCCAUUGCCUGAUGUUUCGGUUUCACGUCCUGCUGAACGUGUUAAAUGGGCUAUACCCGUACCCGAUGAUGCUACACAAUCGGUGUAUGUGUGGUUAGAUGCAUUAGUGAAUUAUUUAACAUCGGCCGGUUAUCCUGAUCCCAAGUUUCAUUCUUGCUGGCCACCAAAAGUACAAGUUAUUGGAAAAGAUAUCUUGAAAUUCCAUGGUAUAUACUGGCCAGCAUUUUUAAUAGCUGCAGGUCUCGAACCACCACGUGAACUGUUUGUUCACUCACAUUGGACUGUUGAUGGCCAGAAAAUGUCGAAGAGUAAAAACAAUGUUGUAGAUCCCUUGGAAGCAUCGGAAACAUAUACCAUGGAAGGUUUGCGUUACUUUUUACUUCGCGAAGGCGUUCCUCACAGUGAUGGCAAUUAUAGCAGUGUUAAGGCAAUGCGAAUAUUAAAUGCUGAACUUGCCGACACCAUGGGCAAUCUGUUAUCGCGGGUCUGUGCCAAAUCCUUGAAUCCACGACAAAUCUAUCCACGUCUGCAUACAGCACAACUGCGCGAUAUUAUGAAAACGGAGGCAGCACAACAUUUGCUAAAAUCUCUGGAGCAACUUAAAGAAAAAUGUGGCCAACACUAUGAGGAUAAAAAUUUUUAUAUGGCCGUAGACAAUGUUAUGUCAGCAUUGCAUGCUGCAAAUAGUUUCUUUGAAACCUCACGGCCUUGGGAGUUGAAAUUGAAAACGGUGACAGAACCGGCGAAACGUAGUCUCCUUUAUCCGCCAACUGAUGAGAAUGCCCUACGGCUGGAGACAAUCGUUGCCAUGACCAUGGAUACGUUGCGUCUGAGUGGCAUUGUCUUGCAGCCCAUACUGCCGGGUAUUGCUGGACGUAUACUGGAUAAACUGAGUGUGCCUUGGAACCAACGCCUAUGGAAUAAUUUAGAUGAUCAUUUUGGUCGUAUCGUGAGGAAUGAAUGUGAGCCACCUAUAGAGGCAAGUUUAAGUCGGGCCGAUGCUGUACUCUUCCGGCGUAUCUAUCCUCAAGAUGAAGAUGUAGAUCGUAAGGAUACCGUAGCUCCAAAGAAGAAGUCAAAGAAAGCCGAAAAGAAAGAUAGUAAAAAGAUUGCUCAAUAGUGCCGUAACUAUGAUGACUUUGCGAUGAAACCGAGAUUAAUGAUAUUUAAACCAAAUGCUGUUAGCCUCCCCUGUUUUGGAUCACCUACUCUAUUGUAUUCCCGAUGUUGUUGUUCUCCACAACUACCUCCAUCUUUCCCUUAAAAAAAGAAGAAACUAACGCAGAACAAUAGCAUUUGUUUAUAUUUAUUGCUUAGUUUCUGUUAUUAUUAUUAUUUUUAUUAAUACUUAUUUUGAAAUUCUUUUACUUGUUUCUUGAGAAUGAGUUGAUGAAAAGAACUGAGAAACACCUUCGCACCGCGUCGUCUUUGGAUGGUCGUGGGUUGGUGUUUCGAAGAGAGAUAAAUAAAAGGCUGCGUGUUAUCACAACGUUGCACGUAAAUGUAAUCAAUUUUGUGAGUGUGUGUGUGUUCAAAUAUGAAAAUUAAUAAAGAAACAUUAAAUUUCCACUUAAGUGGGAUAUUUUAUUAAUCGA